GAAACAGCUAAAUUAUUAAAAGAAAGGCCGCAAGGAUUAAGGAACAUGUAACGUACACGCAUGCCCACCUUUCCCGCUCUUCCUUAUCCCUACGUGUGAUCUAUUCCUGGAGCAUAUAUAACAUCAUCACCUUUCCCACAAGGAUUAUUCACUUUUGUCCUCAAUCAGUCAAUCCCUUGUCUUGUUCACAUCGACCGGCAAUGGAGUUGGCUUCGCUCAACCGACUCAGAGCCUACACUAACUCGUUGCUGGCUCAGUACGAACCCCUUCUUCUAGUUCUCGCUCCGCUGCUAUCUCUCUUCGUUGCUCGGAUUCUCCAAUCGCUCUUCGAUGUUGUCCAUGAACAAGGUCUCAAACCCACGAUUAUCGGCUCCUUCAUGACCUUGGCCAAGAUGGUGCCAGGUGUGAAGAAGUUCAUUGAUUCCGAGAAGCAAAAGGCUGUAGAAAAGAUGCAAGCAUCUGGAAAAUCCAAGAGAGAUGGAUGGAGAACUGAUUUGCCAGAGACAGGUUUAGGAGAUGGUGUCAUUAAGACAAUGAGACACGAGAAAGAAAAUGAUGGGACCUGGCAGGGCAAAUGUUCUGGUACAGUCUAUAUUGCUGGAAGUGAGAAUGAAGGGCAUUUUUCUCUGAUAAACGAAGCAUGUUCUAUGUUUGCACAUACCAACCCACUUCAUAUGGAUAUAUUCCCAAGUGUUGUAAGGUUUGAAGCAGAAGUUGUUGCCAUGACAGCUGCACUCCUAGGAAGUAAGGAAAAAGCUUCUGGAAGACAAAUUUGCGGGAACAUGACAUCAGGGGGGACUGAAAGCAUAUUAUUAGCGGUUAAGUCAUCACGGGAUUAUAUGAGAGCUAAAAAGGGAAUCACUAAACCAGAAAUGAUAAUUCCGGUUUCUGCUCACUCAGCAUAUGACAAAGCCGCUGAGUAUUUUAAGAUCAAGUUGUGGCGAGUUCCUGUGAAUAAAGAAUAUAGCGCAAACACAAAAGCUAUUAAGAAACAUAUAAAUAAAAACACGAUAAUGAUUGUUGGAUCAGCACCAGGCUUCCCACAUGGAGUAAUAGAUCCAAUUGAGGAGCUCGGUGAAUUAGCUUGUACUUUCGAAAUAUGUUUCCAUGUUGACCUUUGUCUCGGUGGUUUUGUAUUGCCGUUUGCUCGUAAACUCGGGUAUCCUGUUCCACCAUAUGAUUUCACUGUUCAAGGAGUAACCUCAAUAUCGGUAGAUGUACACAAGUAUGGAUUAGCUCCAAAGGGAACAAGUGUUGUUUUAUAUAGAAAUCAUGACAUUCGAAAGCAUCAAUUUGUUGCUGUUACUGAAUGGACUGGUGGGCUGUAUGUCUCUCCUACCAUUGCUGGGAGCAGGCCUGGAGGUCUGAUUGCUGGAGCCUGGGCGGCUAUGAUGUCUCUAGGACUCAAAGGUUAUCUGGAGAACACUAAGGCGAUCAUGGAAGCUUCUAAGAAAAUAGAGAAAGGAAUAGAAGAAAUCCCAGGACUAUAUGUCAUAGGAAAGCCUGACAUGAGUAUUAUCGCAUUUGGAUCCGAAGUAGUAGACAUAUUUGAAGUCAAUGAUGUCUUGUCAUCCAAGGGAUGGCAUUUGAAUGCACUGCAGAGACCUAACAGCAUUCAUAUUUGUGUCACACUUCAACACGCAUCUGUAGCUCAAGAGUUCGUGAGGGAUGUGAAAGAUGCUGUGCAUACGGUGAAACAAAAUCCAGGUCCUAUAAAUGGUGGCCUUGCCCCCUUAUAUGGUGCGGCAGGGAGGAUACCCGAUAGAGUUAUGGUUAAAGAUCUGUUGAUAGAUUUCAUGGAUGGCUCGUGCUGAGAGCUACUCUGAUUCUUUUCUUGUACUGGGUAUAUUAUAAAAGAAACGAUAUUUCCAAUUGUUGAUGAUUGUCGAUAUUGAUGUUGAAAAUUGACAAAUGACAAUCAAUGUAAAGUUAUAUGCAAGAAAUGAAAUAAAGAUAAUAUGGAAAGGUGUGUACAUGAGAUCUCAUGAAUAACUAGCCAUCGCCAAUGACAUCGCCAAUGAUAUCUGUACGUAUCUUUGCUUAAAUAAUAAGGGCCAACUAAAGUUACUAUGGUUCUUUUUCCG